UGAUUGACAGGAGUAUGGAGUACCUGGAAAUCAGUAGCUUACGGAGCGAAUCAGCUAGGGCGAUGUGGACUCUGAAACGGGGUCAAAAUAGUGAAACAUCCCGGUGAAUGUUGUCGCUCCCGUUGAGCUUAGAAAGAUCCGUUUACAUCCGCCAACAGUACUGGAUAUCUAUAAAGAAGACCUACAAGGGAAUAAUUUGUGAAUUACUUUAUUUUUCGCCGGAACGCUAGCCGAUAUAUUGGCCUUUCACGGUUCUAAUGCUGCGGUCGCGUGAAAGGAAAGGAUGACUGUUUGAUUGUGUUUCAUUUCUCACCGCAUCGCCUUCCUCUCAAUAUCCCGGCCCGUCUGUUUUGGACCUGCUAUGGUGGACUCGAAUGCAAUGAGGAAGACUUUUGUGGUUCCGGACAUAAAGCCAUUGGAUCAGUAUGAUGUGACCAGAGCCAGAAUCUGCGCCAGUGUCGGGUGGCUGCUGGCAAAAUCCUACGGCAAUGCAGAAAAUGUUCCAGUGGAGCUGCGAGAUCCUUUCUACUGUGACCAGUAUGAGCAGGAGCACCUGAAGCCUCCUGUCACGCGCCUGCUGCAAUCCCCUGAACUCUACUGUCGCACGUAUGGCCUUCUGCUGGGUGGAAGCCCGGGGGCCGAGGGGCCACCCAAAGACAUGACAGCCCUCCUACAGCUCCUGAGCAAAAAAGGCUUGUCACCCAAAGACCAGAAUGUCCCUGUGACGGAGAAAGAUCUCCAACAGAAGCCCAUCAAAAUGAGCGCCCACUUGGAGUUGAUGGAUGCUUUAAUGGCCGUGGCUGCCAUGGAGACGGUGAGUGCAGUCAAGGCGAGCGGCGGAUCCGAGCUGCUCCGUACAGAUGCGAGUUGGGACAGCGCCCUGCUGUGUUGGGUUAACACGCUGAAUCAGAAAUUGAAAGAGCAAUAUGAAGGAUCACAGACUGAUGGAUCUCAGCUUAGUAAUGAACCACAGCCUGUUCAGCCAUCGUGUCCAACUCGCUGGUACUGGAAACUUGUUCCUAUCCGGUACAGGAAGGACAGGAUGCAGUCUAAGCUGAAACCUUGUUUUCCUGUGGUGAAUGAAGUGAAGGAUUUGUCCAGUGGAUGUGCUGUUGCUGCUGUUAUUCACCAUUACUGUCCUGGACUGCUGCGAUUAGAGGAUGUCUGUAUGAAGGAGUCAAUGUCUGCUGCUGACAGCCUGUAUAACUUACAGUUGAUUCGGGAGUUCUGUGAUAGCUGUCUGAAGAACUGCUGCCCUCUAGUGUUGGAGGAUUUACUCUACAGCCCACCAGAAUUAAAGAUGAACAUACUGAGCUUUCUGGCAGAGCUUUUGUAUUGGUUUGAAGUCUCAAAGCCUGAGUUUGUUCAGCCCCUGCAGGAUUCGGAGCUGACUGAAAAAUCCGGAAGAACUGAUAAUGGGACUUGUAAAAGUGGUUCUCCCUCCAUCUUUAAAAAGCCCUUCCUGCCCAUCUCCUCUCCUGCGACAGGAUCUCUGACUCAGUCUACCUCAAUGUCUCAUGUAGAGGCAGCUGGACGGCCGUGGAGUAAGAACCAGCUCAGUCGUCCACUAUCCUCUGGUGUGUCCUUUAGUAUCCCUUUUGGUCUGGACAGUGAUGUUGACAUAGUGAUGGGAAACCCUGUCAUAACUCGCUCGGUCAGCUCUGACAAUCUCAACCCUGCUGGUCAGUCCAUGACUCGAGUCCCCUACACCCCUCCAGAGGACCUUAGCCACUUGUUGAGUAAGUCUCCUGGCCCUAACGGCCCACACAGAGCAUCCUGGACCACACAGACUCGCCCAAUGUUGGCUGAGGAGAACGGCAUUGAUGGGAGCGAGGCGGGUGAGCUGCCCACUAUUGAAGAGGCGCUGCAGAUCAUCCACAACGAGGAAAAGAUGGAACCCCGUCUUCAUCCUGACGGGGCGUCUGAUGGUGAUGGUUUUUACCUGCAUUCACCAGAUGACCAGCACAAUGGUGAUCCAGCACCUCUUAGCUCAUCAGCCCCACCUCGAUCAGGAAUGCUCUACCACCGAUCUUCCGGAGUGCCGUCAGAGCCCACCCGCACAAGACGCACCUCAGAAGGCUCCAGAGAUGACGACUCUGUGUUAAGAGAUGGAAGCGUGGAUUCGGACGCCUCGGAAGACCUUCCAAAAACUCACUCUACCCCAGCCACGCCCGCAUCUGGUUCUCACGUAACUCGACCUCGUGGAGAAGAGACGCCAGACAGCGGUGUGAAGAUGACUAGCUUUGCUGAACGCAAGAAGAAAGUUGUUCCAGAGCAGGUACGGCCCAGUGAGCCACAGGGCCCGCAAAUGACUACCUGGGCCAAGAAAUCAGAGGAGAGCCCCAGUAAAAGUCCAGCGCUCAGCACCGAAAUGUCUGAGUUAGGGGCGAGACUGGAGGAGAAGAGGAGGGCCAUAGAGGCUCAGAAGAAGCGCAUAGAAGCCAUUUUCGCCAAACACCGGCAACGGCUGGGGAAAAGUGCUUUCCUGCAGCUGAAGAAGGAACAAGAGAAUGGGGUGGAAGGACUUGAUGGGGAGGCUGGGACCUCUUCUGUAGAGGAUGACCUUAGCCGAUUGGCGUUGGAUGAAAGACUAGCGCGUUUAGAGAGCGAAGAGCUGCAAGAAGAACAACAAGGGGGACGACUAAAAAAGCGUUCAUCUGUGGAGGAUGAGGGAAACAUCAAGCCGUCUCCACAAAAGGACAAUCCAGCAGAGAAUGAUAAAUCUGGAGUAGACGUACCUGGGGGGCACCAGGCACCGCUGGGUGAUUACAAUAAUGCUGUGUCAAAACUCAGCGCUGCUCUCAAUUCUCUACAGAGCGAUAUGCAGCGUCUUUCAGAGCAACAGAAUCAGAUGAUGAGGAAGAAAGAAGCUUCCAGCAACCAGGCUUGGGAAAUCCCACCAAGCUCCAAACCCUCAACAGCCACACCUCCUCGUCUGUCAAGGGAGUCCAAUCGUGGCGUACCAUCUACCUCCACUUCCCCUUUCCCAUCUCGCAAGAAUGGAAAUCACACCGUGCCACCCAAAUCGCCAGCGUCCCAACGCAGGGCGCAGUCUGUACCUCCGAAGAGCCCCAAAAUGCACCACAACUCCCGAGCUGCAGAUGUUAAAGCGCCUUCUUCUUCAAGAGUCAUUUCUGCCCCUCGGGACGUGGACACCAUCCCACACUUACGAAGAGCAUCGCCAUGGAAAAAUCAGACCUCAUCCUCUUUCAACAUAGGGACACCCAGUGAAUCCCGUUCGGGGUCAUCCCUAGGCAGACCUGAGGACUUCUCAGAUGCCGGCUCUAGUGAUGACCAUACAAUCUUUAGUAUGGACCUGGAGGGUGGAUCUUCACAGAUAAGGGGGCGCCAAGGUGGCAGCAGCUCAGGAGCACCAUCCGAGUGCUCGUUUGAGAGCGACGUCCCUGCAGCGGGUUUGAACGGCAAACGCGGCAGUCUUAUUGAGAUCUCGCUGUCCUCUCUAAAAGCCUUUGAGGGAGAGGAGGGUGAUCACAACCAGGACUUCUCCGACUCCAUGAGCGACCAUACGGAACCGGAAAUGAGGGGUGGAGUUGGAUUCUUCUUCAAGCAGGAUGAAGCUCGACCUGAAGAUGAGAUGGCUCAGAGAAGAGCUGCAUUACUUGAGAAACAACAGAAGAGAGCAGAGGAGAUGAAGAGACGGAAACAAGAGCAAGAAAAAGAGAGGGAGGCAAGCAGGCCUUCAUCAGUUGAGGAUAGACCCCAGACUCCUUGCACACCUCCGCCACCUCGCACCCCUCCACCAGAGGGCACACCUCAAAGGGCACACCGCGGAGAUUUCACCCGUCUGGAAUACGAGCGUCGCCAUCAGCUUAAAAUUAUGGAGGAUCUUGAUAAAGUCCUCCGUCAGAAACCCACUACCGUCAGGGGCGUGAAAAAGCAAAGGCCCAAAACGGUGUUCAGAGACGACUCCGGCCUCUCCCGAAGCCCUGCCAAAGGGUCCAUAGGUACUAGACUUAAUAGAGUUUACUCUCAUUCAACAACCAACCUGUCCUCCAUGGCCAGUGACAGUGGGACGCUAACUGUCAGGAAAUCGAAAUCUCCAAGUCGUUCGCAUUCACCGUCCAGACUGAUGUCUCCAGGUCGUCUUGCAUCACAGAAUGGAGACUGGGAAAAUGGCUCUACUAUUUCAUCUCCGGCCUCUAUUCCAGAAUACACUGGGCCUAAACUCUACAAGGAGCCAAGUUUCAAGUCCAACAAGUUCAUUAUCCACAAUGCCGUCUCGCGCUGUUGUUUGGCAGGCAAGGUCAACGAACCCCAAAAAAACAAGAUUGUUGAGGAAAUGGAGAAAAGCACUGCAAACCAUUUCCUCAUUCUGUUCCGGGACGCCAGCUGUCAGUUCCGGGCGGUUUACACCAUGAACCCCGAGACGGAGGAGAUGGUCCGGCUUGUUGGGAUCGGCCCGCGCGUCAUCAGUCUAGCUAUGGUGGAAUCCAUCUACAAGUACAGCUCUGAUCGCAAACAGUUUACGGCCAUCCCGUCCAAAACCAUGUCUAUGAGCGUGGAUGCCUUCACCAUUCCCAACCACUUGUGGGAGCGCAAGCGCCCGGGUACCCCCAAAAAGCUCGGGACUCCAAAGUAAAACCCGAUGGGAUGGCUAACUAUGCCCGAGCUGGCCGGUUUACCCCAGGUUUCUCAGCAGAACAGAGCGUGGCGUGACAGGAGAAAGUGUGGGAAGAAAAAAAUCGUUAAACCUGAAAAAAAAAUCAACUGCCCCCAGAGUUUGUUGACUGUGCACUUUCUUCAGGUUAACUAGGUGAUGUCAGUUGCUUAAAAAUGGCCAGAUUGAUUUUCUGAUUGUAUUAAAACUGUCCUUGGCGUUUUAAUGUUGAAACUCAAAAUAAAUUCUUGAGUUUUGCCAUUUAACUACAAGUAUAAUAAAUACCCCCCCCCCCAAGCGCCAAAGGAAAACUCUCUUCUUCGGAAAUCUUCAUGUCCUCCUUACAUUCUUUACUCUUUAUACUGGAUCUUUAACUGCUGAUUCAUCUCUGAUGAAUGUAGGGAAUAAAUCGACACAGGCCGCCUUAAUGUUUAUGUCAUCAGCUCAAUCUUGUGAGACCGAAUGUUAAAAGUGUAUUACAGGCGGGUGCAUAGUACGAAAGGUUUCGAGUUUGUCUCGCUCUUUAAUACAACCGUCCCAUUCACCGGCCUGCCUAAAGUCAUCCGUAGACAUCUGGAUGUGUCUGACUCGAGCUUUAGGACCUCAGGAGAGCAUGUUAAAGACUCGAUUAUUUUUAUUUCCCAUUUGCUUUAAUCAAGGAUUAAAAAGCAAGCAAAUAAAAGAAUAAAAUAAGCCAGAACAUGCUGUUGAUUUCCUUUAAGUAUACUAGAAAAUGAAGGAAGUCUUUAUACUCUCUUUAGCUGCAACUGGAAAACAAUGAUUUAAGAAAACAGUACUGAAUAUUUGAAUGCUGUUUAUCGCUGAUUAUUUUCAUUUUUGACAAUGAUUUGUAUAUUGUGGAGAUUUGUAAGCAUUGAAUAAGCUACCCUGCUGGUGUGUAUGAGUGAAUGAAUGAGCAGGUGGGAGAGUUAAGACGUAUGGCGAGAAACAAUAAACACUAAUCGGAUAUCAUUUAACUCUCACUUAUUUACCCGGAGUGAACAAGUGUUUCUGUCUGGUUAAUGACUUGUAUAUCAGUGAUAUAAAACAAACAGCCUUAUAAGAGUUGUGUUGUUUCUUUGACUCCAUAAAGAAUCAGCUAUAAACUGUCUAACUUGGCCUUAUCACUUUCUUGGAUGGCUUGUAUGAAAUGGGCAUUUGGUCUGUUUCUCUUUAUCAUAGCACUAAACAACUGAUUUAGUCAGGCCAAUUUUUCUUGAUGAAGUACUUCACAGAUGUACAUAUUUUUGUAAAAAUCAUUUUUGAAAUGGUUGAUGUUUCUGUGAGCGAGGUGUAUUUGUGUAUAUGUUGUCUUGAUGGUGAAGUGUAACUGGAUUCUGUGCAAUGUUAGGUCACCUAAGGUGUAUUUAUUGGGUAAGGAUGAACUAAAAUUCUGUUCUGUGUUUAGUUUUAGAUAUUAUUAUUUAUGUUCUGGCUAAUUUGGUGAUUCACUCGUUCAUUUCACCGAGCACAUUGAUGUUUUGCUUUUUCCUUUCCAUGUUCAUGUUUUUUUCUUCAUAAUUAUUUGAUUAUGAAUCACUCCCACUGGAUUAGAAAAAAUAAAAUAAUUUUUAAAUAA